UACAAUUAACAUCAUAUUUUCAUUUCUUUAGCCAAUUAUACUUAACUCAUCAAUCUUUCUUAAGAAACGCUACAAUCAUGGCCGGAGGAAAGUCCAAGAGCAAAGAUGCCAAGAAGAUGGUCACUACUGAGGCCACAACCUCUGCGCCUCAACCCUUUCCGUACCUGGACGGAUCCUUUCUCGAGUUUGGCUCGGAGGAAGAACUCACUCGCUUCAUCACCCACUUCGCUAAACGCCGUAUCUCUCCGCCAAGGGUGCUGCCCGAGUGGUUUCCCCAGCAAAAAGGGUACCACGACCUCAACAAUCAACUCAAGGAGUCGGGUUUGUGGCCCUUCGUCUCCAAGAGCCGCAUCUCCUUCAGUCCCGCCUAUGUCUGGGCCUUCUACUCCAAUCUCCACCUGGACGGGGAUACCAUCCGCAGUAGCAUCAAUCUCUAUGACAUAGAGUUUGACUUGGCUACUUUUGCUCGGGUCGCAGGCUUGCCCACUCGCGGUGACGACAUCGCGACAUAUGGUGGCAAUGAUUGGAUUCUCAACAACGAGGCGCUGGUCAUCCAAGAGCUUGGAAUCACCAACCUCAUCCGUCACAGCGGCGCACCAACCAUCCACUGUCGGAGCGGCCUUUUCGCAGAGGAUGAGAUGUAGGAGUGGGCCUAAGAAGCGGGG